GUAACGGGUCGCCCCGAGUCCGCGGCACAGCUGGCGGUUUGCGGCCCGCCAUCCUCCGUUGGCUCCGGCGGGAUCCCGGGAAACGCGGCCGGGUCGGCUGGCUUGUGGCGGGCCAGCCUCGGAGUCCCAGAGAACGGUCCCCCUUGCUUCCGACCCUCAGCCAGCGCUCCCUGAAGAUCCCAAGUGUCUUCACGGGCGUUCUGAGGAGAUUAUUCUUUUUUUUCUCUUUUUCUUCUUCUCCCCCACCCCGCCCUCAUUUUUGUUAAUGGAGCCUAUGAGAAGAGUAUCUUGUAGUGUUGUCGCUGCAGUUUAUCUGUGAAAAAUUUUCUGGAAGUAUUGCAUUCUAUCUCUCCAAAUGAAUGCAAAUCGCACAAUAAGUUGUAGACGUCCGCGUUCUGUUCAUUCAGCUGUUUGAAGCUCCGACCGAGGGAGUCGGUAUUCAGCAGUGGUGAAAACAGACCCACAACCUGGUCCUCAAAUAUUUUGUUACUGUUGUAGCGUGUUCAAGUGUGUACUUGCUUUGUGUUCGGUUACUUCUAAGGCCCUGUGCCAAGCUUUGAUGAUUUCUUUUGUUAAGGCCCUUCAGGUCACUUCGAAUCGGUGACGACCCUGGGAAAUCGCCUGGCCUGGUAGUAGCCAGUAUCCAUAUCCUUACUCUUCGACCAUCUGGCCUUCACUCACACCCCCAAAUAUGUGUUGAAGCAUAAAGAUGUUAUAAUUUACAUAUAAAGCCAAGUCCACCAUUAGCGGAAUACACAUAUAUAUAUUUUGUAAUGAUGAAUUUGUGCUGAUUCAUCCUAUUGUAACUUGAUUUCCCUCUUGAAUAAUUCGCAAAAUGGAUGUAACCAGCGUCGUUUAUUGUAUGAUUGCGUUCAUCCAUUAUCUUCUACUUGCCUGAUUAGGAAGAAACUCUUGUUUGGGGGAACUGAGGACUUCAUGAAGCAUGAACAUUUACUGGCUAGGAGGAUAGUUAAAUACUGUUGGAGCAUAGUGCCUGGGAUUGUGGAGUUUGUAGGUCCCUUUAAAUGGUAAAGUAAUUUUUUGUGAAUGUCCCCCUCCAUGAAGAGUGUAUCUUCACGAAGAGUCUUGUUAAGAGGUCUAUCUUUUAAGCAUACAACUGGAUUUGGUUUAUUCAUUUUGAGAAUCUCAACAGGGCCAUUUCUGAACAGUAGAGGUAACAGUUACUCCACUGAACAACCAGUUCCAAAUCCUGUCAUCAAAUCCUAUGUUCCUGUUCCAAAUGGUAAUACAUGCAUAAUAAUUUCUUUUAUUUUAAAAGAAAUGAGUGUAACUAAUAUUGCAUUAAGAGUUGAAACCUGGCUUUUAGCUACAUGGCAUGUUAAAGUACCUCUAAUGUGGCUGGAAGCUUGUAUUAACUGGAUCCAAGAAGAAAAUGAUAAUGUUAAUUUGAGUCAGGCACAAAUGAAUAAACAAGUGUUUGAGCAAUGGCUUCUUACUGAUCUGAGAGAUUUGGAACAUCCUGUUUUACCUGAUGGCAUUUUAGAAGUUCCAAAAGGAGAACUGAAUGGAUUUUUCGCUCUGCAGAUUAAUUCAUUGGUUGAUGUCAGUCAACCUGCGUAUUCCCAGAUACAAAAGUUGAGAGGAAAGAAUACAACGAAUGACCUAAUUACAGCUGAAACACAAGUAACCCCAAAACCUUGGGAAGCAAAGCCUUCACGAAUGUUGAUGCUACAGCUAACUGAUGGAAUAGUACAAAUGCAGGGAAUGGAAUAUCAGUCUAUUCCAGCUCUUCAUAGUGAUCUUCCGCCAGGUACAAAAAUUCUGAUUUAUGGAAACAUUUCUUUCCGUCUUGGUGUUCUCUUAUUGAAACCAGAAAAUGUGAAGGUGUUGGGAGGAGAAGUAGAUGCUCUUUUAGAGGAAUAUGCCCAAGAAAAAGUACUUGCAAGAUUAGUUGGGGAACCUGAUCCUAUAGUUUCAGUCAUACCAAAUAAUCCUAACCAGAGCAUCCCUGGAAUUACAGAUGUUCUAGAUCCUGCAUUAGGACCUUCUGAUGAAGAACUCUUGGCAAGUCUUGAUGAAAAUGAUGAGCUUGUAGCAUAUAAUGACACCUCCUUAGAAAGAAGAUGUUUCAGUACAGGUAGUUCCUCAAAUACUAUUCCCACAAAGCAGUCAAGUUUUGAACCACGACAUAUUAUUUCUCCAAAACCAAAGGAGGAGCCACCAAAUCAAUCUAUGUAUUUCACUGAUGGGGAAUUAGAUGACUUUUCACUGGAGGAGGCUUUGCUUUUAGAAGAAACUGUCCAGAAAGAACAAAUGAAGACUAAAGAAUUACAGCCAUUGACUUUGAACAGAACCCCAGAUGAAAGUAUAGAGAGAUUUUCACAUAAACCUAAUACUCCAGAUAAUUUUUCUUUGAUUUGCAAAAAUGGAAACAGUAUUUGGAAUGAAAAAAAUGUGUCUGAACAAAUGACUAAUGAAGGCAAAUCUUUUAGUUGUCCGUCUGCUGGAGAGCAAAGCAGUAGUAUUUUUUCAGUUCAUAAUGUACCCCUUCCCCAUGAUUUUACAAAUAAAGGUGAGGACUCAGAGACAGAUAAUAAAAUAAAACAAACCUUCAGUAGUGCAGAUGGACAUUCCUUAAAUAAUAAAAUAUCAAUAUCAAAUGGAGAGCUGGUAAAUUAUGUACCAAAAAGGAGUUCACACAUUUCUAAUGAAAAUGAUUACCAUUUACAGACUUGUUCUUUAAGAUCAUCAGAGAACAGCGCUAAUCUUUCUAUUGCCAUGGAUUUAUAUUCUCCACCCUUUAUCUAUUUGUCUGUUCUAAUGGCCAGCAAACCAAAGAAAGUUACAACAGUGAAGGUCAAAGCAUUUAUUGUAACCUUAACUGGAAAUCUUUCAAGUUCUGGUGGCAUUUGGAGUAUAACAGCAAAGAUUUCCGAUGGUACUGCAUAUCUAGAUGUAGACUUUGUAGAUGAAAUACUUACUAGUUUGAUAGGGUUUUCAGUACCAGAAAUGAAACAGUUAAAAAAAGAUCCUCUUCAAUACCAGAAGUUCCUGGAUGGUUUGCAGAAGUGUCAGAGAGAUUUAAUAGAUUUGUGCUGUUUAAUGACUAUUUCAUAUAAUCCCUCCUUGUCUAAAGCAGUGGUACUGGCAUUACAAGAUGUUGAAAUGGAACACCUUGAGAACCUAAAGAAGCGACUGGAUAAAUAAUUUAAUAAAAUAGUAUUAGAAACAAUUAAAAAAAAACCCAAGAAAAUAUUUAGAACUAAAUUUGACCUUUUAUGUUUCAAACUUUUUUUUCCUUGUAAAAGGGAAAAAGGAAGUCUUAUAACUUACUUCAGUUUAAUUUUUAAAUGUUUAAUCAUGUUUGUGUAUUUAGGUUUUUUAAAUAAAUUUUUUUUUAUAGUAACAGAUGAAAGAAUUUGGUGACCCAUUGUUGUUUUGUUUUCCACUUGUCAUUCCACAUAAGAUGAUUGCUAAAGUAUUGUGUUGGUGUUUACUGAUGAGUCAUAUUGUUUGAAGUUAGCAAUUAUAAAUAGGUAGUUGUACUUCUAAUAUGUUGAGUACCCAAAGAGAUUUUUUAAUAUUAUUAUACUUAGGAAAAAAUCUAAAUCCAGUGGAUCAGAAUGUCAGGCUUUCAGAUGCAAAAAUGCUUUGUUUUUAUUUUGCUGAUAGUAAAUAUUUGUCUGGUAUACUUAAGGCAAAUAUUAUGUUAACUAGAUACUAUUUCAGAGAUUAUAUUGAAUGGUUUAAUUAUUUUCAAGGAUAAUUUAUCUCAAAUGGCAUAUUGAAAACUUGAAUAUAAGAUUCAGUAAAUACUUUUUUUGGAUUAAAAUAAGGUGUUUUGUCCAUGUCUUAUGUAUUAUACCCCCCC